AAACCUUACGAGAAGUAUUUCAUAAUAAAUUAAUUUAAAAGAUCUUCACGCCCAUUGGAAUUCAUUUUGGAUUUAAUUUGUCUUCACUGCACUGCAACCGAAAGCAGAUAGAUACGUUCACGAGAGGAAAGUCGGCUGAGUGUCUCUUCUACUUCUACUUCUUACUGUUCUAGACUUGCGCAAUCUCUUCCUGAACUUGAACUUAGGCUGGAGCCGCUGGACCCCCUUUGUGAUUGCUGUCUACCUGUCCUGUGUCUGUUCAUAAUCGCCUGCUAACUUUGGCAUAACCUGAUCCUGUCACCCCUCUCAAGGGUUGUGAGCUGUGACUGAAAUGGCUAUACUUGCACGAUGUUGUUGCUGUAGCACUAUUCGCAAUGGCUCUAUUGCUGCAGCUAUUUAUUCUUUGCUUCAAAGUGCUUUGGCCCUUGGAUUGUCAUCCUUUAAGAUUCACAUCUAUGAAACACAUCAUUUUCCAGAUGGAAUGCCAAAAGAAGAGAGUGCCCUGUUCAUUGCGACAUGUGUUGAUCUAGGAUUUUUCUCACUUCUCUUCCUCUUAUCCAUUAUUUUACUAUAUGGAGUCAAGAAUAACAAGCGAUUCCUACUCCUGCCGUACAUUGUCUGUAUGACUGUGCUGGUCAUCCUGAUGUGUGUUAUCAUCCUACUACUGGUGGUGGUGGUUGUAACCUCAUUGGAAGGAAAUUCAGGAUUAAUGGAGCUUCUCAUUGUGUCACUCUUUACAGGAUUAAAUCUGUACUGUGUGCUGUGUGUGACAUCACUCUACCAGGAGCUGAAAGAGGGACGGUAUGGAAUGAGGGCUAUAUACAGGGCCCAAGGAGGCAGGCUCCCGAACGCUGACAACCCACCAGAGAAACUAGAUGACAUCAAUAACUUGGAGAAUGCAAACUUUAUUCCUCAGUACCCUGGACCACCCCCUCCUGGUGAUGCCAGCGCCGCUGCUCUUGCCCCCAUACCAGCUCCUGUCCCUUAUCCAGGUUCCAUGAUGGGGGCACCCCCUCCUUACGAACCCCCUGCAUACCCUGCUGAGACCUACCCCAAAGCAGAGAUCAAGACUGUUUGAUCCAUUGACCUGUCUGGCCGGGUCCCAGCUCUCUCUCCUCAUGAUUGAUGCUGGUUUGUUUCACACUCAUCUUUGCAGCAAGAUGCUCUACAGUUCUUACGGACCAACUGGUGGAUGUCUGUGUCGGUCCACUGCAUAUUAUUGGUUUGUCAUUGGGCUAUUAACAUUUAGAUGUAUUCUGCUAAGGUUUUUAACUGCUUUAUAUUUCUUAUGCACCUACUUGUGGAUGUCCGUGUCAGUUUUACCAAUGCACAUGAUUCCUUUGUCAUUGGGCAUACAUGUACAUCAAUGUAUUGACCUGAGGCUGGGCAUGUUUUGUAUAUUAACUGCCAAAAAAGCAUUCCUUACAUUUUAUUCAUUCGUCAGCCAAUGACAUUCUUUAAAAGAGUGAAUUCUGGUCCUUUUGUCAAAGACAAUCAUACAAAAACUCACUUCAUCCAUGUAGAUCAUAUCUACUGUUAUAAAUGUUAUUCAGAUUUAAAUAGUAUUCUCAUGCAGAUGUUGUCUUUAUGUGGUCUGUUGUACAUGUUCUUAGAAAAUAAAUGUUUCUCAUUUUCUGUGUAUGAUAUGAAACAUGUCGACCAUGAAUAAUUUGAGUGGAUGAAACCAAAAUCUAUACUGGUGCAUGUGUUAUUCACUUUGUUAUUCAUCUUGCAAUCACUGUAUAGCUGGCUUGCAUGUAUUAUGCUUUGAUUAAUGAAAUGACAUUGAUGGUCUAUUUGUAUUUAGCUACAACAAAAACCUUGAAAGAGGUAUGCCUUAUGUAUAAACACUAAUGAUGCAGUCAAAGCAAAGAUGCCAGUAUUAUAUAGUGCUUUAUAAAAAAAGUGUAGGUACCCAAUUUCGUUAGCUCCUAAUUAAAAGGUCAUAACCAAUAUAACUUUGAAAUCUAUGUUAUGACAAAGAGUAACUUAUUUUCUAUCAAAUGAUAACCUAUUCAUUAUAUUUCUGUCCCGGGUGACUGAGCACCAGGGUCUUUAAAAAGUGCCUCGUACCAAGUUUAAGCUGAUGGAAUGAAUGUGGGUCAGACCUUAUGCAUGUGCUUCCUUGGUCUAAAUUCCUUUUAAAUGUUAAAUUUUCCCUUGUGCUUUAGUGUUUCAUUGUUUAGAAUGAUGCAAUGUAUCUAGGCUUUCACAAAAUCUUGUUUCAAUCCAUAAGAUAACCAUUAGUUAUCUUGAACAUCCUCCUAUCUUCUUGUCUCAUGAUAUCUCUCUGCUCACUUGUCUGCUCCACUGUUUCACUGGCAUAAGGAGCAUAAGGUGUUUAUCUUGAAUACUGAAAGAAAACUCGAUGGUUAAUAAACCCAAAUGCAAGAAAGAACACAUUUGAUGAUUGACAGUAGACUUUCAUGAAAAGAAAAAAAGAAAAGAUCCUCAAUAAACUUUAUCCAAUGAGAAAGGUUACCUUAAACGAGAGAUGCGAAUGAAGUGAAGAUUGUAAUCAUUAUAACGAAGAGAAAACAAAAUCAUGAAUUUUGCUUGUUAUAAGCAUUUCCCUGAGUUUAAGUUGAUAUUUACACAUUUGCUUUUCAACUGUCUAAUAAUCAAUGUAAAUAAGUAGACAAUUACUUUUAGAAUGAGAUAACACAAACAUAAUGGCUUUUUACCCACAUUCAUUGAGCUCCAGCCCAAACUUGGUACAAGAGGAUCUUGACAAUACAUUUUGAAAAGCCUGCUGCUCAGUCAUCCGUGGCAGCACAUUUAUAAAUAUGGUAUCAUUAGACAGGGCAUUAGUUACCCUUUACCAAGCUAUAGGAUUCAAGGUGACAUAAUUUAUGAUUUUUUAAUUAGAAGCUAUCAAAGUUGGGUACAUUUAUUUUUACAUACGAUUUUCUAAGAUUAAGAGAAAUCAGCCUCUAUGCAAAGAGAUCAACCCACCUACUGUAAUGCAGAUAGAUAGAUAAACUGGGCUUGAAGAUCAAAUUACUGAGUUAAACUAACUUCUUCAAACUUGAGUUGAACUUGAUGUCAAACUCUUAUUGUGUAAGCUACGCAGAACCGCAUGUUGUACAUAAAAUAUUAAAACUUUGUUAUAUUCAUGUCGUGAGUUUACAAGACGCAAAACUGCAUGUUGUACAUAAAAUAUUAAAACUUUGUUAUUCAUGUCGUGAGUUUACAAGACUAAACGUGGAUAAAUUGUCUGGCAGCCAAAGAGUUUUUACAAAUGACAGAUAGCGUUGGAUGCAUUAAUGUUAAUAAUCUCCUACAUGUAUGUUGAUAAAGCAAACUCUUAAGGUAACUUGAGAGUUUACUGAAGUCUGUGACUUGUGUCUUUAACAAAUCUGUAAUUACAGAGUGGGGUAAUUGAUCAUAAUGCGCGGCAAUCUGAGAACUGUUACAUGUUUUACAAAAUGUUGAUGUAUGGGUCCUUGUCAUUUGAGAAUUGACUGUCUAAUACCAUAGGGGCAUUGAUUCUAUUUGAAAGUACAUGAAUUAGCAUCUAUCUGGCUCUCAACAGUGUUAUUGGUUUAAGAAGUGAUUAUGUCUCGUCUGCUACGCACUCAAAGAAUUGUAAUGUAUGUGCAUGUUCACCAGUGGGGUAAUCUAUUGAAAACUAGGUCUACUAAACCUCUUACUGGUCAUGUACCGUAAGUGCAACAUAUGUAUUUUUAAAUGAUGAUAACAAUUGCCAGUAUGUAGGUAAUACAUGCUUGGUUGGAAAGUUCAUUACAUAUUUAGACGGCAAAUCACUAUUUUUGUACGUAAAUCUGCUCAAGCUCAAUACCAAAUUCUAAAAAGUAACGUAAAUAAGAAAUUGGAGGUGUUAAUACUUUUAUCUGAGAGAGAUGUAUAUUUCUACAAAAAAGAAAUUCAAGACGUAUGCAAGGUAAAAUGCUUUAUGAGUCGAUUUAUUUUUGUAAUUCCCAUGUGUCAACACUUCAUUGCACUGUAUAAUGUGAAGUUGAAGUUUGCAAUUACCAACGUUAUGUCAUGUUAAGUGUCUGUAUGAGAAGUAUUUUUUUUCAUUUUGGAGAGGGAGAAAGAAAGAUUUUUUUUUGUAUUUUCUACUUUUUUUGGAGGUUUGUGGAGGUUAAUAAAUUUUAAUAGGCACACAAAUUAUGGGGCGUACAAAUGCAUUUGUUAGUAAAAUUCCGUGUGACUUCAGAGUUUACAACUGAAAUUAGUUUAAUGACAUCCAAUUGAGCUAGAUAGAAUGAAUGAAGAAUUAAAAAACACAUUUAUUAUUUUAUUGUUUGAAUUGAGGAAUCACAUAGAUCUAUCUUUUUCACCUUCUCUAAGCAUUGUCUUUAAGACAUACAGGGUUAGGAUUAACUUUAUUCCAUGUUCCUUACAGUUCAUAAAUGUUGAUUUAAUAUCUCUUGUAUAGUUUAAUAUUAUUGCAUAUAUACAUGUAUCUACAGAGAUCUUGCCUGUGUUACGAUCUGUUCUUCAGUGGUUUGUAAGCAUUACAAUAGACUUUAGGACAGUUGAUGGCAUGUUCUAUAAUUUUGCUACAAAGGACUGCUUACUUUUUUUAUGCUAUCUUCAUAUUCCAAAUAUUUUAAGUUUGUUGUUUUAAUGUUUUAUGUUCACUGAUCUUGCCACCAGUAUUAUAUAUUUGUGCCGUAUUUUGAUAGUUGCCAUGAAAUUCAAGAUCAAACAAAUUUUCAAAAUUCUUCUCAUUUCCAUGCCAGAAUCUUCAAUCCAUUCAUAGUACAGUGACUCAAUUCCUUUAAAAGAAACCAAUUUGAAG